AUGACACCUUCAUUUAUGGAUGAAGACAUGUUCCAGAUAAAUAACUUGUCCCAGUUCAUACAACUUGUGGACAUGGCCUGGAUUCUAAAUUCUAUAUUUUUUGUAAACAAUUCAGAACAUAAUUCUGUGCUAGAUUUUUUUGGGGAAAACACCUUUUCUGAGAAAUGUUGCUUAGAUACAUUCUUUCCUUUCCAUUCCUACUUGCACCAGCUCUUAUUCACUUGUAUGAAUUUAUCACAUUUCUUUUUUGCUAUUCUGAUUGCCAGAUCUCUGCUUCCUCUAACUUAUCCUGUUCCUAGUAAAGUACUCCUUUCUCUCGUGUUCAUCAUAGAUCCUCACUCUCUUGAAUGUAACUGCAGCUUUUCUGCCCAGUCUCCACUAUUGCUCUUACUGUUCCCCACUAGGAACCUUCAGCUCCAGACCAGACAAUAA